AUGUGGAAUUAUCGUCGUGAAAUAUUGAGUAGAUAUAAAUCAGAGGAUUUAAAAAUUUAUGAAAAUUUACUAAAUCAAGAUUUGAAAUUUGUCUUAUCACAAUUGAAAAAAUUUCCUAAAUGUUAUUGGAUUUGGAAUCAUAGAACUUGGUUAUUAUUCGAAUUAGUUAAAAUUGAGAAAGUUAAUUGGGAGUUUGAAUUUGCUGUAGUUUCAAAAUUAUUGGAUUUGGAUCAAAGAAAUUUCCAUGGUUGGCAUUAUAGAAGAUUUGUUGUUGAAAAUAUGGAAUUAGCAUGUAAAGGAGAUUUAUCAAAAAUAUUGAAGAUUAACCUUGAUGAAUUUAAUUAUACAACAUUGAAGAUUCAAAAAGAUUUCCUGAAUUUUUCAGCAUGGCAUAAUAGAACAAAAUUAAUACCAAAAAUUUACAAUUUAAUCCAUGAUAAUGAGGAUAUAUUAAUGAGGUUCCCAGGUACUGAUAUGUUUCAAGAUCCUAAAUUGAUAAUGAAUAAUGAUUUAGAAAUGAUCAAGACAGGUAUGUACAUGAGUCCUGAAGAUACAUCUGUUUGGUCAUAUUAUUCAUGGAUUGUAAGUGAUGAAUUCUUCACAAAAGCAUUCAACAACAAAGAAGAAUAUUUGGAAGUAUUGAAUGAACAAGAAGAAGUGAUUUCCGAGCUUAACGAGAUGGAGAAAGAAGAUACAGGAAAAGAUAAUGUUCGUUGCGUGAAGUUUAUAAAGUAUAUAGAAACUCUUAAAGCAGAACUACAAGAGUAA